AUGUCCACCCAAAUGGAACCUUUCUCCAUCAUCGAGAAGCUCGAACAACCCACCCCCUCAUCAUCAGACUCCGGCCCCCACCACCUCUUCAACGACGUCCUCAACCUCACCUCCGCCAAAACCGCAGACCAUGACCUCCAGUACAUCGCCGCGCUCCGUGAAGCUAACCCGGGCAUGAUCGUGACCGCCAUCCCGGCGAGUAAUGUCAAUCUGAGGAUCUUCGCCGCCGCUGGGUACGCGAGAUGUGAGGUUGAUUUGGAGACGGACUCGUAUGCCAGUUGGAGGGGCUAUGCGCCGCCGCGGACGAGAUCGGGGACAGGGGCCCUGGCGGAGGCGGUGAGUUUUGGCAAGUAUCGGUAUUCGUGGGGUGAUGAGGAUUUCAUCCUCUACACAAUCAACAGCACCAACCAAUACGUGCUCAAAGAAUGCCGCUCGGACGAACAUCCCCUCGGCCCCUCUUCCAUCACCGACCAGCUGAUCAAAGCUGUUGGAGACUGGAUGACGAGUAUCCUCGACGUCGUCUGGGUGUACGAUGGGUACUGGCGGCAGUCGCGGGAGCUGUAUGAUGGGGUGAUGAAGGCUUCGUGGGAGGAUGUGAUUUUGGACGAGGAGAUGAAGGCGGAUUUGACGAAGGUGGCGAGGAAGUUUUUUAGUUCGAAGGCGGUUUAUGAGGAUUUGGGCGUGCCGUGGAAGAGGGGGUUGAUGUUCUACGGACCUCCAGGAAACGGCAAGACCAUCUCUAUCCGCGCACUGAUGCACGAACUCUACACGCGCAAAGAUAAGGACGGGAACUUAAAGCCCAUCCCGACUCUCUACGUCAAAUCCGCACCCACAACAUGGGACAUCGGCGACGUCUUUGCUCGCGCCCGCGCAGAAGCGCCAUGCAUGCUCAUCCUGGAGGACGUCGAAACUAUCGUCACGCCGGACACUCGCUCGUACUUCUUCAACGAAAUGGAUGGGCUGGCGAACAACGACGGCCUCUUCGUGGUGGCUUCGACGAAUUACCUCGACAAGCUGGAUCCGGGCCUCACGAAGCGACCGAGCAGAUUCGACAGGAAGUACAAGUUCCCGCUCCCCAACGAGCACGAGCGGACGCUGUACUGUGACUUUUGGCGCAAGAAGCUGAAGUCGAACAAAUCCAUUGAUUUCCCGAAGAAGCUGCUAGUGCCGAUGGCAAGAGCGACGCCCGGGUUCUCUUUUGCUUUUCUGCAGGAGUGCUUCGUUGCUACGCUUCUGGAGCUGGCACGUGAAGGGGAUGAUGUUGCAAAAGCGCGGCCAUACGACGACAGCAACGACGGUCUGGACGACUACCGGCUGUGGGUGGUGUUUAAAAAGGAAGCCGAGGUGUUGCGCAAGCAGAUUGACAGUCAGCAGAGGAAUGUAGGCCAGUCGCAGCUCGCGGCUUGGUGUAAGCCUGGGGACGGGAUGAUUGGGAACGAGCCAGUUGUGGCGAGCUCAGCAGGGCCGACUCGGGGCAAGGAAGGACACUGUAACUGCUGUCGGUGCAGAGAGCGGGAGCAGAAGCCAUUUGUGCUUGCUCAUCGUGGACCGAAGGCGAGGGGUGAGUUGCUGCCGGAACUGCCGUGGUACUAUCAGAAGGAGGAGUAUAUUAAUUCUGCUGCGUUUGAGAUGAGGUGA